CGCUACCAUUCUAUUGAUCUGAACGCUUGGUUCUGGUUGACUCCGAAACCUGUGUACAGAUUACUGAGUGAUUUUGCUGAAUUAAGCAAACAGUUUGCUACUUUAAGCUACUUUGACGCACUGUGUACAGACAGACGGUUUAUUCAGACUACAAAUCUUUGUAGACCAAGUCUAAACACAGUCUGCAGUCUACUUUCAACAUCAUGUCUCGCCCUUUAACGUCCUUCAUGGUCAGGGAAGGAGCCGAUGUUGCAAACAUGGAUUUUUGCCUACCCGAUCCUGUGCCGAACUUUGACACCGAGGCGAAAAGCCCAAAAACAGUGUUUAAAGCAGAGAUGGAUGCUUUUCUAUCGAAUGCUUUUCUGACAUUUGACAACGUCUUAAACACUGAAUCAUUGUCUGAAGUCAUGCACGCUGCUGGUAGUGCGAAUCCGUGUGGAGGAGUUGAGGAGGAUUCUCCUGCAAAUGCUGGGGCGAAAAGCCCAACAGUGUUUGAGCAAGAUAUGGAUUUAUUCCUAUCGAAUGCUUUUCUGGGCUUUGACACUGUCCUUAACACUGGACCGUUGUCAGAAUUCGGGAAAGCUGCCGGUAGUGUGAAUCCGUGUGGAGAAGUUGAGGAGGAUUCUCCUGCAAAUGCUGGGGCGAAAAGCCCAACAGUGUUUGAGCAAGAUAUGGAUUUAUUCCUAUCGAAUGCUUUUCUGAGCUUUGACACUGUCCUUAACACUGGACCGUUGUCAGAAUUCGGGAAAGCUGCCGGUAGUGUGAAUCCGUGUGGAGGAGUUGAGGAGGAUUCUCCUGCAAAUGCUGGGGCGAAAAGCCCAACAGUGUUUGAGCAAGAUAUGGAUUUAUUCCUAUCGGAUACUUUUCUGAGCUUUGACACUAUCCUUAACACUGGACCGUUGUCAGAAUUCGGGAAAGCUGCCGGUAGUGUGAAUCCGUGUGGAGAAGUUGAGGAGAUGGAGAAAGUUUCUCCUGCAUAUGCUGAGGCAAAAAGCCCAACAAUGUUGGGAAGGAGUCAAGAUAGUGGAAUGGAUUUUGUCCUGCCGUGUGCUUUGCCUGAGAGUGUCCUGAACAUCGGAUCUCUGUUAGACAGACGCGCCGGUAGAGGAAAGGAGUUUACUCCUACUUUUGAUGAGGCGAACAGCCCAAUAGACAGUAACAUCAGUCCUGACCAACGAAAGACGUACUUUGACCGGGCCUGGAGGGGCAAAGUGGAGCCAGUGCCGGCUCCACAGCUUGAAGCCGAUCCAGCUAUCCCUGAUGUUAGGGAAGUGGUUGAUCUGGCAUUCUGGUCAAAGACUAAGAUUGGUCAGAAGAAACAGAAGGCUUCGAAGAGCCGUUUAUUUGACCUCCAGGAAGAAAAGACUGUUGUUCAAGCGCAACAUGUCGAGGCAGAUUCAGCUAUUCCUGUUGGUAUGGAUGUUGCUGAUUUUGCAUGCCCCGAAUCGAAUAUAUGUAUUCGUACGGAAAAACGAAAGACUUUGAAGAGUCGCUUAUUUGACCGUUUCCGGAGGGGCAAUCUGGAGUCAGUGCCGACUCCACAGCUUGACGCCGAUCUUGCUAAUCCUGUUGGAAUGGAUGGUGCUGAUCUGGCCUGCCAUGAGGCAAAAACUAAGAUUCGUCCGGACAAACGAAUGUCAAAGAAGUGUUGCUUCCUUGACUGCUUCCGGAGGAGCAAUGUGGAGUCAGUGCCGACUCCACAGCUCGAUGCCGAUCUGGCCAGUCGUGAGUUAAAUCCUCACAUUAGUUUUCCUGCCAUCACUGCAACUAAUGCCAGCCUACAAAAGUUAGGUGCCGUUCCACCCAAUUUCGGGUUAAAAGGUGGUGGAAAUCCAGACCCAAAAAGACCUGAAAAUCCCAGACCAAAAGCAAUCGGAAAUCCCCGAAAUCCUGUCCCAAAAGAUGCUGGAAAUCCCGUCCCAAAAGAUGCUGGAAAUCCUAAACCAAAGGAUGCUGGAAAUCCCGUCCGAAAAGAUGUAAAAGUUGUUAGGCCAAAAAUUUCAAAUCUUUUUAAAAAGCAAAGCAAGAAGCAACCAACCGAUCCCGAGCCAGGUCCCUCAGUGACUACAGAGACUUUGGAGUCUAAAUAUCAACUCUUAGAGAUGGAUGUGCUUGGGCAAGGUAGCUUUGGCGUAGUGUUCAAAGGGAUCCGACAAACGGAUGGGAAUCUGGUUGCCAUCAAGCAAAUUAUGAAACAAGAGAAGAAGGACAGAUAUAUUCAGAUUCCUGGAUAUCCCCAACCGCUGCUAACAGAAAUAGCAUUAAUGCUUAAGUUAAGAGAAGGUUACCGUUGCCCGAAUAUCAUCGAGAUGUAUGACUGGUAUGAGACCAGCGAAAUGUUCUCAAUUGUGAUGGAGUAUCCUCAGGAGAGCGAAUCCUUGUUUAGGUUUGCUCAUAAACACAAACUGAGUGAAAAUGCAGCACGACAUCUAAUGUAUCAGGCGGUAAAAGCGGUUGAACACUGCCUGCUUAAUGAUGUCAUCCAUACGGACAUACAUGCGGGGAACUUCUUGGUGCAGAAGAAAACUAUGAAGUUAAAGUUAAUUGACUUUGGGCUUGGACAUGUAUUUAACUGUGAUGGCCAUGGACAUCUAUCUAGGAGUGAUGGCCAUGGACAUCUAGUUGGGUGUGAUGGCCAUGAUUCCAAGGACUUUAUAGGAGCUGCACAUUCCACACCGCCUGAGGUUCAUACAAGUAAGCAAUUCUUUGCCAUGCCAGCAAACGCCUGGGCCUUAGGUGUUUUGCUAUAUUUCAUGAUGCAUGGAGCUUACCCCCAAAUAUGGGACUUGUAUGAGGGUGAACCGAAGAAAUAUGAUGAAGGUUUAUCAAAGGAAAUCCGUGAACUGAUAGACUGGUGCCUGGAUGUGAGACCACAUAGACGUCCAUGGCUCCACCAGAUCUUAAGUCACGACUGGUUCAGAACUGACUGGCGUAAUGAAAAACCGGAAUUCGAACGCAGAAAGAGUAUAAAAAAACCCACAAAACCCAAAACGAAGUACAAGCUUUAUAUCUGAAGGAUAAGGGAAUGAUGGGAGAUGCUGUUUUCAUGAUCCAGAGACGGAUGGAGUUUGCUAAUCAUGUUUCCGGAUAAGUUUCUACAACCGAAAACCAAGAAUACCAUGGACAUUAAGUCACUAACAGGGUGACAAUUACAAGGGAGACAAGAGACGAGCCAUUAUUUAAAACAGGAAUUUCUCUGGAUUUACAAAUCCAUGGGAACUUUACAGUACACAACCACAUUUAAUAUAUCGCACUGUGCAAAUUAUAUAUAUUAUAGAAAUCAUACAUAUUGUGGCUUUAAGGUUCUAGAUAUACUAUACAUAUGAUGACUAAAAACUAAAUGUUGACAUUUCUUUGCUUUCUCAUCUUCAGGUUGUAUCCUAUGAACACAAAUCGUUGGCUGAAGGUCUGUAGAUAGUAUCCUGUAUAGAUAGUAUAGUAUCUUUAUAAAUAGUAUAUCCUCUAUAGAAUCCGUUUACAUAUAUAUGUUUAUAUAUAUAUCUCCCAAGGGUUUUUUUCCUCCUAGGACUUUUUUCCUCCUGGCUAAAAAUCCGGGAGGUUUUCUCCUAGGGGGUUUUUUCAACCCCGGGGACUCGGCCAACAUUGGCUUAACUUAGCACCUUCAUCUAUACGUUACAUCAUUAACACGCUCGCUUGUAAAGUUAAUUCAUAGCCGCUGUAUUUAUUUUUAGCAAAUCUAUUUAUGAUUAGCAAAAAACACUCCCAAGGGUUUUUUGCCUCCUAGGACUUUUUUCCUCCUGGCUAAAAAUGCGGGAGGUUUUUCUCCUAGGGGUUUUUUUCAACCCGGGGACUGAGCCGACAUUGGCUUAACUUAGCACCUUCUUCUAUACGUUACAUCAUUAACAGGCUCGCUUGUAUAGUUUAUUCAUAGACGCUGUAUUUCGCUACUUAUGUUGUCUGUCGAUUUUUCUGUGUUUUCCCCUGCUUAAAGCUGGGGGAAUUAAAGCUGCUUUGAAAAAGCACUAUAUAAAUAAAAUUGAAUUUAAAAGAAUCAGCUA